CUUUUUGCUCGCUUGGAAAUAAAAUGGACUGACGCUUUGAUAAAUAAAAAUUAGAAAAUUGAAUUACUGUCGUCGUCUUAUAGUAUUUAGGUAGUUAUUAUCUGGAAAUUACAGGUACAGAUGGUAAAGUGAUCAUGUAAACGAAAAACUGGUUGAGUUUUAGUUUGAGUGUUAUUUCGUUUAUGUGUUUUAUUUAUCAACACAUUAGGUUAUACUUAAGUAAAGUGUUUGAAAGUCAGGCUUAACUGAGUAUAAAAUAAAAUGGAAACUGUGGAAGAACAUCCAGUUCUUAAUACAGCAAUUGAUGUUGUUAAGCCAAAUACAACUGAAGAAGCGAGUGCCGAAUUAUCAAAUGUGUGUCACAAAUCUAAUGGUGUCGAUUGCGACGUGCAGGCCGAAGGUGAGCAUUCAGAGGCGAAUGAAGUACCGCCGGAGCCUAGCUUAUUGGAAGUUGAAAAUGAAAAGCAGGAAAAUGUGACUAUCUCUGACAAGUGCGAUGUAAGUACUGUGCCCGAAACUGAGCUUGAGAUCCCAUUAGAGCAGGAAGGUACAGUAACGGAUAAACCAGAUUCUAAGCCAGAAAUAGAAGUUGUACACGACACAGAGAUAGCUCAUAUAGAUGAGAUACCUCAUGAUGAAGUUAUCACUGAAACUGUAAUAGAGACAGAAAAGGAAAUAUGCAUUGAAGAAGGAAUUGUUACUAUGAUUGAAAUGGAAUCUUCAAUACCAACAGUACAUUUUGAAACAGAAAUACUAGUGGAGGAAACUGAUGACAAUGUUUCUGAAAUGUUAGUUGAAAACCAGGAAAGUGGCCAAACCAAUAAUAUGUUGAAUGAAUUAGGAUCAAAUAUUGAAUUGAGUGAAGUACUGCGGUCAUCUGACGUUAGUGAAAAUGUUGAGAACAAUAAUAGCACUGUGAAGCAAGAGAUUUUUAAUAAAGAGGAGUUACUUGACAUCCUGGAAGGCAAUGAUAAUUUGGAACUGUCUGCCAAUAAAACCACUGAGACUUCUCCAAAUACACCAAUUAAAAUUUCAGAUGCUGAGAUUGCAAUGCAGCAAUUUUCUAGACUCUCAAAAAGAAAAUUUGACUUGAAGGUGCCUAAAAUUAAAAGAGGAGAGAAAAGUAAGAGUCCAUUAAAAGAUGCAUUAAAAGCUAAGAAUUUAGAAAAAGAAAAACAAUUAGUAGAUGAUAAAAAGAAGGAAACAGGGUUAGAUAAUACACAGUCACCGGAUCAUCAAGACAACAAUGUGCAACAAUCCCAACUUGAUGAACAAGAACAGGGAACCCAACUAGUUCCUACGGAACAAGAGCUCAGUAAUAAUAAACAACAACAAGCAGAGACAGGCCCACUGGAAACAUAUUCAGAUAACAUUGUUAAAACACUUGUCAUGGAUUGGGAAGAUGAGCCUACUGAGAAUAAUGAGGCCAAUUCAGUUUUUGAAGAGGGAGAAGCCCUAAUAAAAGAUUUAGAAGAACUCAAGAAAAAGAAGGAAAGUAGAAUUUCCAAAAAUGAUACAAUUGAGAGUGUGGAUGCUAUUGAUUCACCGAGUGCUGAAUCUCAAAUAAAGUUAACCAAAGCUGAUGAUGAUGGUCCCACACGUAGGUUAAGUAGAGUAAUAAAAAAGAAAGUAAUAUUUGACCCUGAUAAUCCAGAUACAUUCACCAAGGGUAAAAGUAAUAAAGCUAAAGAAACACUAGUCACAAAAGAGCAAACAACAUCAAAAAAAGGAAAGUCAGAUCAAAUAAUACAAAGAUCUAAAUCAAAAUCACCACUGAAAUUGCAGUGGAAAAAACCAUCUACUAAAAAUAGUAAACAACAUAAAAGGUUAACAGAAGUUGAUAGGUUAUUAAUGGAUGAGGGUGCAGUGAAUAUGAUAUACCAACUCACCCCUGAGGCUCCCAAAGGCAAGAAAAAUGUGAGAACUAAAGCAGAAUUCAUAAAAAAAAUUCAGAGUUCUACUCCAGAUGGUAAGGAAAUGAAGUUUAGAGAAAGGAAAAAGGAAUCAAAGUAUGAAGAUGGUGAAGCAAAAACGAUUGUUGGUGGAAAACAUAGACCAUCCUUAAGUAGCUCUGCAAAAUCUCCUUGUGUAAGUGAGGAUUUUGAGACCCAUAGCGCAGAUGAUUCUAUUAUUUAUAGACGUCACUCUUCAAGUUCAUAUUCUAGCAGUUGUAUGAGUCCUAGGCGGCUCAGCGACGUUGAGACUGGAAAUACCCAGUCACAGAGUGUCACUCGAAUAUCCCAACAACCUAUGUCAGAUGCUGAAAUCAAUCCAAGAAGUGAAAUAAAAAAUGUCAAAGAGGAAAGUCUCUUUAAGUCUGAGAUACCUAAAUUAUUAAGUGGUGAGAUGAUUAAUAGGAAUGAUUGCUUAUCCAUAAAAGAAAAAUUAAAUUCAAAAUUAUCUCUUGCACUAAAUAAAAGAAAAAGAGAGAAUUCUAAAAGUGAGAAGCCUGCAAAGCAAAAAAAAAUAGUAAAAUCAGAGGAAAAUAUGACUCCUCUAAGAGAUGAAAGGCUCAGUAAAUUUCAAUUUAUAUCAGUCACUUUUGAUCAAAGACUAGCUUUAGUGUGUAUUAAAAAGACUGGUUUAAAAAUUUGUGUUGAGAUUUUGAAAGAAUUGGAAGAUGCCCUGAAUUAUAUUGACAAUAGAAAUGACAUAUCAAUUACUCUGUUAGAAUCACAAUGUGGUACACUAUGUUCUAGUUUGGACUUAAGUCUGCUAUUGGAUGAAAACAAGGAAAUAAGAGCUAAUCAUGCUUAUGAACUUGCAGAAUCAGUGAGAUCGCUGCUGAGCUCCGUGGCGCGGCACAGCAAGCUGUUGUGCUGCGGCGUGUGGGGCGCAUGCGCUGGAGUGGCGCUGGCGCUGGUGGCGUUGAGUGACGUGGCGCUUGCGUCGGAGGGCGCGUCAUUUUGGCUUGCCGCCGCCGCCGCACCAAUCUUGCCCGGUGCCGCGGCACUGACGGCCCGUUGCCGGGCACUACCGCAGGCUCUGGUUAACGAUCUGGUUAUAUUUGGACGUCGACUAUCAGCAUCGGAGGCGUUACAGGGUGGACUCGUGAGCCGUGUUUUGUGGCCCGACAGAUUCGAUGAACAGGUCCAAAAUAUAGCGAAAGACAUCGCCGCACAACCGUUGCAGACCAUAAUAUUAAAGAAAAAACUGCUGAAUUUGAAGAGUAACAGCGAGGCGGAGGUCACAUUCCUUUCGUGCCUGGAGGCAGAGCGCGAUCUUCUGGUCGAGUACUGGACGUCGGUCGAAGGGCAAGAGUUGCUUCGAGCUACCUUAGAUUCCGCCUAGCUUAGGCAUCAUCGCAUAUGUUUGAAAAACUUAACUUUAAGCUGAGCUCAUACAACUGGAAUGUCUCUCUGAACUCAUAAUCUUAAAUGUCAGACUCUACCUCAAACUUCAGAUCGAUGAGUCUCGUGACUGACAAACGUCUUUACUAUUCAAAUCUGCUCAGCUCUAUUCAAAUGUAUGGGAAUACGUUAUGAAAUCAUAAUCUGAAAUAUUCCGAUCCGGAAAUUAGAAUAUGAUUCUUACAGAUUGACUUGAUAAAUUCAUAAUGUUAAGAAGUUAAUUCCGGGUUUUCUGCAUUAAUAAUUUGAAUCAUCAUCAUCAUCACAUCAACCGAUAGACGUCCACUGCUGGACAUAGGUCUUUUGUAGGGAGUUCCAAGUUCCACGAUUCUGAGCCGCUUGGAUCCAACGGCUACCUGCGACGCGCUUAAUGUCGUCUGUCCACCUCGUUGGGGGUCGGUUUGAAUACAGAUUAUGAAUUAAGGGAGAAAUUUCGGCUGCUUGAGGCCAGCCUAAAUCUAAGCGCGCAUGUUACUGAUUUGUGAUUAACUGUCAAAACUUUAAAUGGAAUCUAUGUUAUAUGAACGAAGUCGGCGUUUUUAUUUUCAGAAGGCCUCAUGUGUAUAUUAUCUAUUAAAUUUAUUGUUUAACAUCUCAGCCGAUUAUAUUAAUCGGUUCGUGCGCGCAAAAUUCGGGUUCAAUCGAAAUACUAGGUAUAUUCUAUAAAAAUAUUUUCUUUACUAUCAAUAUUUCCUUAAGACUACUGUUGGGAGAUAUUUGCACGGUGUGUAUUUAAUCUUAUUUGUCUUUAGAUUACCUAUGUCGUGUAAAUAAUAAAAUUAUAUUACAGAUUGCGUUAUUGAAUGUUACGUAUUGAUUAAUGAAUUGUGAAAUGAGGUUAAGUUUUACAGUAUAAGUGGACUAAGCUACGGUAGUUAUUGGCGAUUUAUUUUUUGACUUUAAGGACUGUGUGAAGCAGUUUCCAGACUGAUAAAUGAUUUUCUGAGCGUGUGUAACCUUACGGUUUGAUAUAUUGCGUUAUCUGAAGCUAAGAACCAGUCUGUUCGUUUGUUGCCGUAGUUAAUUUAGGGUUAUAGUUGUUGGUUAGAUUUAAUUAAAAAGUGUGUAUGCAAAAAUUUCAUAUUCACUUUUUGUUACACUUAGCCAUAAGGUGCAUUUAGGGGUGUUUAUAUUACACAUAAUUAUGUCGUCUUUUCUUGUUUUAAUGUCUAGAAAUAAAAUUAUUAUGAAAUUAAGAAUAUCGUAGUAAGCUGUUUACUAUCGCGAUACAAAUAAUCUUACUACAACAUAUUAUGACUAUCGCAGUCUGAACGAAUUAUGACCAAUAAUAUAUUUUUUAUACCAUACCAUUCUUUCAAACUUUGCCAUGUCUAUGUUAGGAUUUAAACUGACUUCUAUUUUCGAUAAUUUCUCCUCUUUAUUAAAUCAAUCUUUCUCCCGUACCAAAGCAAUAAUAAUAUCAAUUUUCGAUAUUUUGUCUUAAUAUAAUUUUGUUAUAUGUGCAAAGAAAAUCAGUUAAUAAUUCAUAAUUGUUGUAGAAUAAAGAUACACACUUGUUACUAAGUGUAAAAAAAGUAGCUGUAGGUAUCAAACUACGAUAUUUUCGCUUUUCUUUUUGGUUUUACAUAAUCAAUUGGUUUCUUUAUUUUGGAAAGACUGCUUUAUUUUUUAUUUGAAUGUAAACCAUGAAAUUUUUGGAUACUGAUGUUACAAAAACAAAGGUUUGUUAGAUAUUAUUUUAGAUUUAUAGACUUAGUAAAGUUAUAUUGUAGUUAAAUUGUUUAUUUUUUUUUUGUUUUAGACGUAAUAUGGUUAUCAUAUCAUUUAGAUUAUAUUAAUUAUAUUUGCAGCCAAAGUUCACAUUGAAAUAUUCAAGAUUUUAAAGGAGCGUUCUUAUUUUAAUAUAAUAGUAACUUGGUUUCAGUAGUUGCAAUUCAUUCCUUUUGUGUACAAAAUUAAAAUACUAAUUUGUUAUUACUUUUCCGAUUGGAAUAAGACUUAUUUAGAAUUAAAUUCACAAACCUUUAUAUACAUGUAAGUAUAGAAAUAACUUAUUUCUUGAGGAAAAUAAAGUGCCUUUCAUAGUAUUCAUUA